AUGGCUUAUUUUGUCAACUGGGCGGGCAUGGACCCAUCGGUCAUCCCUGCUGCCACGCUCACCCAUGUCUUCUACGCCUUUGCUUCCAUCGACCCCACCACAUACCAGGUCGUCCCCUCCAACCCAGCAGUGGACGUGACCGAGGGUCUCUAUCUGCGCUUCAACUCCGCCCUGAAAGAUACCAACCCCGCCAUCAAGACCCUCCUCUCCAUCGGGGGCUACUCCGCAGGCACCACCACUUUCGUCAACGCCGCCUCCUCCCCCUCCUCCCGCUCUGCCUUCAUCCAAUCCGCGAUCGCUCUCGCCCGAUCGUACAACUUCGACGGUCUGGAUAUCGACUGGGAGUUCCCAACGGGCAACGCCGCCCUUUUCUCCGCCCUGCUCACGGAUUUCCGGGCGGCGAUCGAAUCCGAAGCCGCUUCGUCUGGGAACCCCCAGCUCCUGCUCUCUGCAGCAGUUUCUGCCUACGAGCCGACAAUUGAUGAAUCAUACGACGUCCCGACAAUUAACAACGCGCUGGACUUUGUAAAUGUUAUGACGUACGAUCUGCAUGGCUCAUGGGAGUUAAUCACCGGCAUGCACACUGCUCUGGAGGAUCUGAGCAACCCCCAGCUGAGCCUCAAGGGCGCCAUGGCUGCCUGGGUGUCCAAGCAGGCUCUCAUCACUCUCUUCCUUGGCCUGCAUAUUCCCUCUCUACCCCACCAACAGGAAGCUGGUGUUCUCUUUUACAGGGAAAUCGAUCAGCUGGUAACCACUGGAGGUUACACAGCUACGCUCGACGCCCCAACAUCCUCUAUGUAUGCGGUAAAUGGUGACCAGUGGGUUGGUUACGACGACCCUUCCACCAUCACCACCAAGGUCCAGUUUGCUAAGACGCAAGGCUAUGGAGGGUGGUUCUUCUGGGCACUGAGCCAGGAUGCUAACGAUGCUCUGCUGAAUGCUGCAGCUGCUGCAUGA